AUGUUUUCCAGACAGAACGCCAACGAUGUAACUGAGAGCUUCAAUUCUGAGAAGAGCACCUGUUAUUUGGCAAUAACUAUGGAUUGGAUCGCUGAAAAUAGACCCCCUGGACCACCCCCGGAGCCCUUUGAACGCUCUCCUACACCACCUCCGCCGCCACCCGUAUCGCUGGUGCCGCCUCCGCCACCAGAUGCCGCUGCUCCUCCUCCGCCCCCGGAUUCAAUAGCUCCUCCUCCUCCUCCUCCCGAAGAUGCGCCGCUUCCCGAGCCGCCUGCAGCUAAGAGAAAGAAGGUUGGCUGGGGAAGUCAGCGGUCAGCGACGCCUCUGAGUGUUGAGGAACUACUCCGAAAGAAGCGGGAAGCUGAUGAAGCUGCAUCAAAGCCUAAAUUCCUCACAAGAGCAGAAAGAGAGAAGCUCGCAUUAGAGAAACGCGCGAAAGAGGUGGAAAAUAAAAAGCGACUGCAAACAAACGGCGCCAGGCCCUCGCCUCGAAAUUCUGAAACGAACGGUUAUAAUUCUUCAGCAUCAAGAAGUGAUGGAAUUGAUGGAUCUUCCCGGGCCCCAAUUCCCACGGGGCCCCGUGGCAUGAGACACGGAGAAAUCCCAACUGCUCCAGCCGCGAUGCGCACGAAACAAAAUGAUAUGCCUCCACCUCCCUCUCCCGGUCAGAAGGCUGAACAAAAGGGAGAAAAGCGGCCUUCUCCAGAAGAAGCACAAGCGGCCUUGAUACGACAACGAUAUAUGGGAAGUGACCAGACGUCGAAUUUCUCUGCGAAGAAAAAACGGAGGAGGACAACGGAAAGGAAAUUUAACUUCGAGUGGAAUGCGGAUGAAGAUACUAGCCCCGAUUACAAUCCACUCUAUCAAAACCGUUCGAUUGCAAAUUUCUUUGGUCGAGGUCGCUUAGCUGGGUUCAGUGACGAAUUUGCAGAUGCGGUUACAAGAAACUACGCAAGAGCUUUAGAAGAUAGAGAUCCGGAGGCUGGUAGAGCCAGAGCGAGGGAGAUUUUGGAAAUGGAAAGAAGAAGGAAAGAAGAAGGGGGACGGCAUGCCUUGGAUGCACAUUGGUCCGAGAAGAAGUUGGAACACAUGCGCGAGAGGGACUGGCGAAUAUUCAAGGAAGAUUUCAACAUCAGUACCAAGGGAGGAAGCAUUCCCAAUCCCAUGCGGUCGUGGGCCGAAUCGGGAUUACCAAAACGCCUUCUUAGUAUUGUUGAGCAAGUUGGAUACACCGACCCGUCGCCUAUUCAGCGAGCUGCUAUCCCUAUUGCGUUGCAAAAUCGAGACCUUAUCGGUGUUGCUGUGACUGGUUCCGGAAAAACUGCAGCAUUCUUACUCCCUCUGCUCGUCUACAUAGCAGAACUCCCACGACUAGAUGAGUUUGAAUGGAGAAGAAAUGACGGUCCGUAUGCGAUAAUCCUAGCGCCGACACGCGAAUUAGCCCAACAAAUCGAAAUCGAAGCUAAGAAGUUCUCUGUCCCUCUUGGAUUCAACGUUGUCAGUAUUGUCGGUGGUCAUUCGCUGGAAGAACAGGCUUACAGUUUGCGCAACGGGGCGGAGAUCAUCAUCGCCACCCCCGGCCGUUUGGUAGACUGUAUCGAGAGACGGAUGAUUGUCCUUAGUCAAUGCUGCUACGUUAUCAUGGACGAAGCCGACCGUAUGAUUGAUCUCGGCUUUGAGGAGCCUGUGAACAAAAUCCUCGACGCUCUCCCCGUCACAAAUCAGAAACCGGAUACUGAAGACGCAGAAAACGCCCAAGCAAUGAGCCGACAUAUCGGCGGCAAAGACCGAUAUAGGCAAACGAUGAUGUAUACCGCCACCAUGCCUUCUGCCGUCGAGCGAAUUGCACGCAAAUACCUCCGACGGCCCGCGAUCGUCACAAUCGGCAACAUCGGCGAAGCCGUUUGA